GUGCCUAACAAGCUUCAUGGUCGGUCAUGGAACUGCUGCAGUUCACAUGUCUGCUUUUACUUAUCAGCUUGAAAUGUUUGACAGGUUUUGGCCAGCAGUGUGGGGGUAACCAGUGGCAGUGUGAUGAUGGAGCUUGUCUGCCUCUUUCCUGGCACUGCGAUGGAAAUGGAGACUGUAUGGACGGCUCUGAUGAAAUGGCCUGCCCCUGUCCUAGGGGCCAGGUUGCCUGCAUGGCCGGGUCUCCUGGUUGUGUACGUACCUCUGCAGUAUGUGAUGGGCAGCGCCAGUGUUCUGAUGGGUCUGAUGAGUUUAACUGCCCAGAGAACCAGGGCUGUCUGCAGGGGGACUGGAGGUGUAGGAAUAAGAUCUGCAUCCCCAAGGACCAAUACUGUAAUGGUGCUAACGACUGUGUGGACAACUCUGAUGAGGCCUGUGGCCGGUGUGGGCCAAUGGCUGUGCGUUGUCCUGGAGGGGCGUGUCUGACUGAAGAUGAGAGAUGUGAUGGAAAAUUGCACUGCUCUGAUGGCAGUGAUGAACCCUCUACCUGUGGGAGGACCUGUUCAGAAGAGAACGGUGGCUGCAGUCACUCCUGUGUGGAUCAGCCCUGGGGAGCCCUCUGCUCCUGUCCUAAAGGCCAUAGGCUGUCUGCUAACGGAGCCUCCUGUCUGGAUGUGGAUGAAUGCGCUCUGCCUUAUGGUCCAUGCAUGCACUUCUGUGUCAACACACCCGGGUCCUUCUACUGCCACUGCCGAGAUGGCUUCCAGCUUCAAGGAACCACCUACUGCUAUGCUAAAGGAAAUUAUACAAAGUUUCUGACUGCAAAGAAGGGAACUAUCGGAUUUCUGAAUCUGAAGACUCUGAGAUUCGAGUCCAUUCAGAGUAUUGGCUAUGAUCCUCUGGCCCUGGCCUUUGACCUCUCCAGGAGCUCAUUCUACUGGGCUGAUAACCAGGGCAACAUCUACAAGGCUAAGGAGCAGCAGCGCAGGAUCCUUUAUCAUGGACAAUAUGGGGUUAGAAGUCUAGUCUGUGAUUGGCUGACAGGCCAGCUGUACUGGACCAACCAGAAGACCCGGUCUAUUCAUGUUGGGGCAGCUGAUGGGAGUGGAUUUGCAACGGUCUUGGCCAAGAACAUAGACCCGUUGGAGCUGGUCCUUCUUCCCAUUGAAAGCUUGUUGUUUUGGAUCAACAAAGGUCCAGGUGAUAAAAUUACUCUGGAGAGAUCUGGGAUGGAUGGGAUAAAGCAGGAAUCUCUGGUGGUCCUCACUGCACAGGCUCCACGGAGUCUGACCCUGGACGUUACAGCUAGGAGGCUGUACUGGAUGAGUGAUUUUAAAAAGUCCAUAGAGACUGUGCGAGUGGAUGGGAGUGGUCGCUACAGCUUUCUGGAGUUCUUCAAGAGGAGACCAGCUCAGAGCCUGGCGGUGUUUGAGAGGUGGUUCUACUGGACAGAUCAGAUGGGUCUGUGGCGCUCCCCUCAGGACCGACCUAAUAAGAAGACCUUUAUUCAGAGGACAACACUCCUUGUCCUAGAGGCAUACCAUGAACAACAGCAGCCAAAAGCUCCAUCAGCCUGUGUAAAGUCUGGCUGCCAGCUCUGCAUGCUGACUCUGGACCUGCCUGCUGGGUUCACCUGUACCUGUCCUGAUGACAAACUGCUCAUGGCAGAUGGCUCAUGUGAAUAUCCCAGGUUUGCUUAUGCAACAUCCACAACACUGAACCUGUUUGAGUUGAAAGGGAAGGAGCUGAUCAAGACAAAACUGCUGACUACGGAUGACGUCAUGGAGUCUUUUGACAUCGACUGGAGGGGGGACUGGGUCUACUGGGCGAACAGCACUGGUCAUGUGAUGCGCUGGAACCUCAAUACCAGCCAAACAGAGACUGUCCCUACGCUGAGACCAGCCUGCGUGGUGUCAGUAGACCAGAAGAUGAGAAAUCUGUACUGGCUGUCAUGUGAUGAAGCCUGUGUUGGCGUCACUAACAUGGAUCAGGGUUACCCACGGAGACUGUACCAGUCAGGCAGUGAGGUAAGAGAUGUUUAUCUGGACUGGCAGCGGGGGAGGCUGUACUUGCUGGAGGCUGGCUGGAUCCUAUCCAUGAGACUACCAGGAGGAAACCCUAGGAAAGUCCUGAGAGUGGAGGGACACGUCGCUGGGCGCAUUGUUUUGGACCUACAAUCUAACACACUGCUCUGGAACACAGAGGGGGAUGAUCUGAAGAUCAUGAGUCUGUUGAAGUCCCAGACUCACCUGGUAGGCAGAGAGUGGAAUAUCCCUGGUUCCAUCGUGGCCGCUCAUUCUCCGCUCCUGGUGUCGCUGUUUAAUGAUGUCAUCACUGUGUGGGACCGACGGGACAAGAGGCGUGUCCACGAUGUCCCUGUCGGACCAGGCGUUGUCAGGGUGAUCGUGGCUCUGGAUGUAAAGGAAGUGCCUCCUGCUCAGCCAGUCUGUACCAGUCCAUCAGUGAGGUGUCGGGGCUCAACUUUGUGCAUCUCCCAAACUCAGCUGUGUGACACAUUGAGGGACUGCCCUGAUGGUUUUGAUGAGGAGUCCUGCAUUACUAAAUGUCCAAACCGAGGUGAGUUCCGGUGUAAGGACAGGAGGAAAUGUAUUGAGAGGAGUCUGGUUUGUGAUGGACGCGCUCAUUGCCAUGAUGGCUCAGAUGAGAUUGGCUGUCCAACGAUCGCUGCUCCAACAUCCCAAACUGCGCCCCUGAAGUGCCGUAUGGGUUCUAGACUGUGCAAGGAUGGGAGAGAGUGUGUCCUGCACAGCCAUGUUUGUGAUGGAGAGGUGGACUGUAAGGAUGGAUCAGAUGAACAGGACUGUGGAGAAUCUCCAGUUCCACUUACUACAGCUUAUUUGGCUCCAACUACAACCGUUCCAGAUAUUCUUCCUGCUCAGCCAGUCUGUACCAGUCCAUCAGUGAGGUGUCGGGGCUCAACUUUGUGCAUCUCCCAAACUCAGCUGUGUGACACAUUGAGGGACUGCCCUGAUGGUUUUGAUGAGGAGUCCUGCAUUACUAAAUGUCCAAACCGAGGUGAGUUCCGCUGUAAGGACAGGAGGAAAUGUAUUGAGAGGAGUCUGGUUUGUGAUGGACGCGCUCAUUGCCAUGAUGGCUCAGAUGAGAUUGGCUGUCCAACGAUCGCUGCUCCAACAUCCCAAACUGCGCCCCUGAAGUGCCGUAUGGGUUCUAGACUGUGCAAGGAUGGGAGAGAGUGUGUCCUGCACAGCCAUGUUUGUGAUGGAGAGGUGGACUGUAAGGAUGGAUCAGAUGAACAGGACUGUGGAGAAUCUCCAGUUCCACUUACUACAGCUUAUUUGGCUCCAACUACAACCGUUCCAGAUAUUCUUCCUGCUCAGCCAGUCUGUACCAGUCCAUCAGUGAGGUGUCGGGGCUCAACUUUGUGCAUCUCCCAAACUCAGCUGUGUGACACAUUGAGGGACUGCCCUGAUGGUUUUGAUGAGGAGUCCUGCAUUACUAAAUGUCCAAACCGAGGUGAGUUCCGGUGUAAGGACAGGAGGAAAUGUAUUGAGAGGAGUCUGGUUUGUGAUGGACGCGCUCAUUGCCAUGAUGGCUCAGAUGAGAUUGGCUGUCCAACGAUCGCUGCUCCAACAUCCCAAACUGCGCCCCUGAAGUGCCGUAUGGGUUCUAGACUGUGCAAGGAUGGGAGAGAGUGUGUCCUGCACAGCCAUGUUUGUGAUGGAGAGGUGGACUGUAAGGAUGGAUCAGAUGAACAGGACUGUGGAGAAUCUCCAGUUCCACUUACUACAGCUUAUUUGGCUCCAACUACAACCGUUCCAGAUAUUCUUCCUGCUCAGCCAGUCUGUACCAGUCCAUCAGUGAGGUGUCGGGGCUCAACUUUGUGCAUCUCCCAAACUCAGCUGUGUGACACAUUGAGGGACUGCCCUGAUGGUUUUGAUGAGGAGUCCUGCAUUACUAAAUGUCCAAACCGAGGUGAGUUCCGGUGUAAGGACAGGAGGAAAUGUAUUGAGAGGAGUCUGGUUUGUGAUGGACGCGCUCAUUGCCAUGAUGGCUCAGAUGAGAUUGGCUGUCCAACGAUCGCUGCUCCAACAUCCCAAACUGCGCCCCUGAAGUGCCGUAUGGGUUCUAGACUGUGCAAGGAUGGGAGAGAGUGUGUCCUGCACAGCCAUGUUUGUGAUGGACAGGUGGACUGUAAGGAUGGAUCAGAUGAACAGGACUGUGAGCUCCUCUGCAAAGCAGGUCAGUUCCAGUGUGCUCAUGGGAAGAAGUGUAUCGACCAGCAGCAGAUGUGUGAUGGAAAGGCACAGUGCCAGGAUCGUUCUGAUGAAAUGGACUGCUUUAAGCCCACCAAGAGCUGCAGUCAUCGCUGUGACAACAAUAGCCGCUGUAUCCCAGAAACCUUCCUCUGUGAUGGAGAGAGAGACUGUGUGGACGGCUCUGAUGAGCAAGGCUGUGAUUCUAACAAGGCCCUUCCUCCUGUCCUGCCAACUCUGGCUCAGACCUGUACAAGUCCAUCAGUGAGGUGUCGGGGCUCAACUUUGUGCAUCUCCCAAACUCAGCUGUGUGACACAUUGAGAGACUGCCCUGAUGGUUUUGAUGAGGAGUCCUGCAUUACUAAAUGUCCAAACAGAGGUGAGUUCCGCUGUAAGGACAGGAGGAAAUGUAUUGAGAGGAGUCUGGUUUGUGAUGGACGCGCUCAUUGCCAUGAUGGCUCAGAUGAGAUUGGCUGUCCAACGAUCGCUGCUCCAACAUCCCAAACUGCGCCCCUGAAGUGCCGUAUGGGUUCUAGACUGUGCAAGGAUGGGAGAGAGUGUGUCCUGCACAGCCAUGUUUGUGAUGGACAGGUGGACUGUAAGGAUGGAUCAGAUGAACAGGACUGUGAGCUCCUCUGCAAAGCAGGUCAGUUCCAGUGUGCUCAUGGGAAGAAGUGUAUCGACCAGCAGCAGAUGUGUGAUGGAAAGGCACAGUGCCAGGAUCGUUCUGAUGAAAUGGACUGCUUUAAGCCCACCAAGAGCUGCAGUCAUCGCUGUGACAACAAUAGCCGCUGUAUCCCAGAAACCUUCCUCUGUGAUGGAGAGAGAGACUGUGUGGACGGCUCUGAUGAGCAAGGCUGUGAUUCUAACAAGGCCCUUCCUCCUGUCCUGCCAACUCUGGCUCAGACCUGUACAAGUCCAUCAGUGAGGUGUCGGGGCUCAACUUUGUGCAUCUCCCAAACUCAGCUGUGUGACACAUUGAGAGACUGCCCUGAUGGUUUUGAUGAGGAGUCCUGCAUUACUAAAUGUCCAAACAGAGGUGAGUUCCGGUGUAAGGACAGGAGGAAAUGUAUUGAGAGGAGUCUGGUUUGUGAUGGACGCGCUCAUUGCCAUGAUGGCUCAGAUGAGAUUGGCUGUCCAACGAUCACUGCGCCAACAUCCCAAACUGCGCCCCUGAAGUGCCGUAUGGGUUCUAGACUGUGCAAGGAUGGGAGAGAGUGUGUCCUGCACAGCCAUGUUUGUGAUGGAGAGGUGGACUGUAAGGAUGGAUCAGAUGAACAGGACUGUGAGCUCCUCUGCAAAGCAGGUCAGUUCCAGUGUGCUCAUGGGAAGAAGUGUAUCGACCAGCAGCAGAUGUGUGAUGGAAAGGCACAGUGCCAGGACCGUUCUGAUGAAAUGGACUGCUUUAAGCCCACCAAGAGCUGCAGUCAUCGCUGUGACAACAAUAGCCGCUGUAUCCCAGAAACCUUCCUCUGUGAUGGAGAGAGAGACUGUGUGGACGGCUCUGAUGAGGAAGACUGUGUGGCAAAGCUUUGUGGCCAGCAGCAGUAUCAUUGCAGUAAUGGUCAGUGUGUGUCUGAGGCUCUCCGUUGUGACGGCCAUGCUGACUGCGGAGACCAUUCUGACGAGGUGGGCUGUGCCAAACCCCCCCACUGUCCCCCGGAGCGCCGCUGCCCAAACAGCCAUGAAUGUCUUGUGGAGGAAUGGCUGUGUGAUGGGGAACAGGACUGCCUGGACGGUUCAGACGAGAUGAACUGUAAGGUGUCUCCAGUGACGUGUGGGGAGUUCCAGUGGAGCUGUGUCUCUAAGACCCAGUGUAUCCCUGCAACCUGGAGGUGUGAUGGACAGAAGGACUGUGAGGAUGACAGUGACGAGGCCGGAUGUGACCAGUUGAAGUGCUCCAACCAGCUUUACCAGUGUGGUAGUGGAGAGUGUGUGGACCAUUCCCUGCUGUGUGACCACAUCAUCAACUGUCCUGAUGGAUCUGAUGAGGGGCACGGUUGUUCCACCAAUAACUGCUCCAGCCCUGGGACCCCCCAAUGUGACCAGCACUGUGUCAGCACCCCUUACGGACCGAGGUGCAUCUGUGCUGCAGGCUUCCGGCUCCAGGCUAAUGGUUUGUCCUGUGUGGAUGUUGACGAGUGUAAUGAGGUCCUACCACCUGUCUGCAGCCACACCUGCCUUAACACCCGCAGCUCCUUCCUGUGUCGCUGUCACCAUGGAUAUCUGCUGGAACCAAAUGGUCACAGCUGCAAGACCCAAGAUGAGGCUCACCUGCUGGCAUCUGUUCAGAAUGAGCUGCUGGUGUUGGGGUUGCAUAGCUCCAGCCUUUCAUUGCUCUCCACUAGUCAGACACCUGUGUUCUGUGUGGAUUAUGACUGGAGAGACCAGAGGGUAUACUGGGUCAGUCUGGAGGAGGAGAGCAUCAAGUGGACUUCCAUCAACACCAAGGACACAGGCACUCUGGUCAAAGGUGUGAAGUCUGAUUCUAUAGCUGUGGACUGGGUUGGCAGGAACCUGUACUGGCUGGAUGGGCUGGCCAGUCAGAUUCUGGCUGUGAGGCUGGGCACAUCUACAGUAAAGUCUCAGAACUACAUAGUGGUUCUGGAUGAGGAUCUGGAGCAGCCUCGCUCACUACUACUGCUGCCACACAAAGGGUUGAUGUAUUGGUCAGAGGUUGGUAGCGAUCCCCAGAUUGAGCGGUCAGGGAUGGAUGGCUCUGAGAGGAAGGUGGUGUUGACUCGUGGUCUCAGCUGGCCAGUCAGUCUCUCUGUGGACACUCUCACUGACCGAAUCUACUGGGCAGAUGAAAAACUGCAGUGCAUCGGCUCUGUAUCCCUGGAAGGACACAAUGUCAGGCUUCUGCAGCUGACUGAAAUGCCCAGUCCAUUCUCUGUAAUGGUUUUCAAUGACAUGGUCUACUGGUCUGACACCAAGAGGAGAACCAUUCAAGUAUCUCACAAGAACACGGGCAAGAACCGCAAAGUUUUACUCAAAAGACCUGGACAGCCUUUUGGCAUCAGGAUUAUGCACCCCCUCCGGCAGUCCAACGUGUCCAGCCCCUGUGAGAAGCUCCAGUGUUCCCACAUCUGUCUCUUGGCUCCAGGACUGUCUACAGGCCCCAGAACUGGGUCUACGGGACCCAAAGCUGUGUGUAGAUGUGCAGCAGGGCUUCUCCUGGCUGGGGACGGCCUCACCUGCUCCACCCUUGUAGACACCACCUUCCUCUUGCUCCUCUCUCCUACUGAAGUUACACAGAUAUACCUUAGCACCAUCCAUAAUGGUGUGGGGUUGAAGCGGUUGCCUGAGCACCAUAUAUGGUCUCUGCCGUGGGCGCACCAGGCCUCUGGGCUGGAUUUGGCUGUACAGGAGAGGAAUUUAUACCUGGCUGAUGCUGCCCAGGGCUCAGUCGAUCUCCUGAAACUGAGUAGCUCAGGCCUGACACCAGACAGCAGAGUCCUGAAUCUCCAGGAUGAUACAGUGAUGGCUCUGGCUGUGGACUGGGUCACACUAAACUUGUACUGGAGCAGCAGGAAGCAGCCUGACCUACAUGUCACCACCACCAGGGGGCAGCACACUGCACCUCUACUCCAACUAGGCCUUCAGGGAACCACCUCCAUCGCCCUGCACCCCCCCUCAGGACGCCUGUGCUUCACGGCCUUGGGCCAGGUGAAUGUGAGGAGCCUGCCGCAGGUGGCCUGUGCCUUCAUGGAUGGACGUAGUCAGAAGCUGCUCUGGAGGAAGGCUGUUAUGCCAACCUCCCUUCUGUUCUCCAACAAGGGCACUCGGCUGUAUUGGGCUGACAUAGGUGCUGGAGUAAUCGACUCCAUUCUUCUGGAUGGUUCUGGAUAUAAACAGUUUAAAGCAGAUCCCGGCCUCAUGUCCUUCACACUGGCUGAGAACGUCCUCCUGUGGAGCAGCCUGGAUAAAGAUGUGACUAGAAUCUGGUUCAGUGAUGGAUUUCAGCCCAAGCAGCUGUGGUUUGAGGUCAAUACCAAUGUAGUGGCACUGAGGGUUUACAGCAAAACCAGUCAGAAAGGAACUAACAGCUGCUCAAAGCGGAACGGAGGCUGCAGUCAGCUGUGCCUGGCCUACCCAGGGGGGCGUAGCUGCCGAUGUGGACGUGGUUACCAACCUGUUGACACCAACACGUGUAGCCCCGUCCCCCCCCUCCAGUGUCCAGAGGGCAGCAGGGCCUGUAGCGACGGCAGCAAGUGCCUCCCCCUCACAAAGUUCUGUAACCACCAAACCGACUGCCUCGACCAUUCAGACGAGAUCAAAUGUUGGUCUGGAGUGAAGCCCCAAGAUGUCAGCCAUAGUAAACCUUCCCCGGGGCAUGCUGGGAACACCGUCCCCCCUAGCCAGGACUGGUCUGGGAGGACCACCCCCGGGGGGGUAGAUGUGCAGAAGCUGGACUCUGAGUCAUGUGAUGCCCAGCAGUGUAAUGGACAUGGGAAAUGUGUGACAAAGGGUGGAGAAACCACCUGCCAGUGUGUUCUGGGAUACCAUGGUGUGUUCUGUGAGGAGGGUGAGGGUCCAGGGGUCAGUAAUGCCCCCCUCACUUUAGGCAUCCUCAGUCUCAUUGGUGGAGUCCUCAUCGCUGCUGUCAUCAUCAGGAAGAGCAGGGCAAGAGCUGCAGCUCGGGGCCAGUCCACAGACAAGGAGACUCUGAUGACCAAUAUGGAUGAACAGACAGUCUACGCUGUGUCUUUCAACAACGAUCUGUAUGAUCCUGACCAGGAAUUGAUCUCGUCUGCUGAUGGGACAUCUCAACAUCUGUAAAUGUUGUCUUUUCUCUUCUGCUCUGAAAUAAAGUCUAGGAUGUUAAACCUCA